AUGGGAAGGAAGAAUAAAACUCGUCACAUGGGGGGAACUAACGAAUUUGAGUUCGAUUCUAGCGAUGAUGACUUGUAUGCUACCAUGAAUUCUCGUGAUUCAUCACCCUUAGGACCACAUAUUACCCCUGCGUCUCGUCCGAAUAGCGGAAAUUUUACUAGCAACUCAAACCGUUCUGCUUCAAGACAUUACAGCGCCAAUUCAACAAAAAACAAAACCAUUCUCAAUAGUUUUGAUAAUCCUCAAGAUUACAUCAUAAUCGAAGUUGAAAGGAUUGUCUUGGAACCGUCGAAGAGGCAAUUGUCAUCAACAAGUUCGGUGGUGUCGCCAAUGAACUCGGAAAGUUCUAAUUUUGCUUUUGUAUAUCGGGUACAAGCAAAAGAAGUUUGCAUCUUCAUGAUACAAAGAAAAAAGGAAAUCGCAAUUUUCUUGGACCAACUGCAGAAAUUUUAUUACGCCCACGAAGAAAGGAAAUUGGUUUUGACAUUCAAAGAAAAGUUUAAGAAGUCAUAUUACGAAUUUCCUUAUGAAAAUCUAGAUUGCCGAAUUGAAAUUCCUAAUGAUCCAACCGAGGGACAACUAGAUGAUGUAACAAACAUCAUCUUUUCAUUAGGUGAUUUCGUGGAAGGCGAACUUUCCAGAUUGGCUAACGACGUUAAAGAAUGGAAUAAUGUAAAAUUUGAUGAAAGUCAAGUGCUCAAUAAAUUUAUCAAAAGGAAAAACGAAGACAUUCUGAAGAUCAGCAACGUCGGAUCGAUGAAUAUAAAAUGGCAAACAAAUGAAAUGACCCUUGAGAAUAAUAGAACUGACCGAUACAAUCCCAGUAAAAAUUCAAUGGGUAACGAUCGUGAUCGAGAUAUUAAUGUUAACCCAGUUUUAACACGGAACGUUAGCAACAUAGCGUUUCUUGACACUGAUAAUUAUCAAAUGCCACAUGUUGGUAAUGAGUUCAAAGUAAUUUCUUCACGGGAUAGCAGUAGUACGUCACUUCUUGAUACUGGUAAUCAAAUUCCACAGGCAGCCAAUGAGGCUAAUGCGAACUUAUCACGAGGAAGCGAUGGCCUGUCCCUUCGUAGAGAUGUAGAUGGCGAUGUGAAGGCGCCAAAGUCGUCACAAUUAUUCUCAGAAUCCUUGCUCGACUCAGAAGUUCCUCACCAAUCCGUGUACUCUAGCAUUUUAGACCUUCAUCAUCGUCAAACCGAUACCCGGUUCAUUCAGAAUGACCACUCCGAUGCCAUCGUCUCUACGGUCAAUGGCAGUAAUGAAAUUACUCCUAGCAUUGAUAAUCUUCAAUCACUAGAAGGAUCCGACGGGAUGUCCGAAAUUUCUGGGAGUACGCCCAAUGGAAAUGAGGCUUUACUUCACGUUACUUGCAUCUUUAUGACCCGAAAGUAUGCAAUGUUAAUGCCAUUCGACACUACUCUUCGACAACUGGUCGAUAAGAUUGAACAAAGUCGUAAGACAAAGGUAUCUCUAAGUCGAUUAUUCUACAGGAAUCAAAUUGACGAUAAGAUUAGUAUAUUCGACGAAGACGACUGGAGUAUUGCAAAGAAGGAGGCAUUUAUAACCGGGAGUUACAUGAUAACUUUGCUUUUUGCUUAA